ACAAAUAACAACCUUAAAUUUAAUUCUGUGAUGUAAUUUAAAUACUAAAUAACACAAUGCAUUUUGUAAUGAAAGUAAUUUAACGAAGAAAAUAGUGACGUAUAUUCUUGUACUCCUGCCACUUUCGUAACAACGAACAUUCAAUUCUAAGUUUUCACUGCAUACGUUAAUGAGUUUUGUAGUAUUUAAGCACUCAUAUUGAUUGCGAUAAAAAUAAAGCAGUAAUUGAGAACUAUGCAACCUGAACUACCUGUGACUGCGGAAAUAUUCGGUGGAAAUUUUCCUAAUUUUGGGCGACCAACUGUAAUUGGUUACAUUGGUUUAGAAAACCUGAAAUAUUAUGCUCGAAAAAUUCAUAAUACAAAAGUUAAUUUCGAUCUAAAUGUUCAGUUAGAAAAUGCCAUUCACAAACCAGAAGGUCUAGAUGUGAAAUUGAACGAUUUGUUGCAAUUUCUCCUGGAACAUGAAGCAAGAUUAAAUAUACCCAGAGACAACAAUUUACAAAAUGCAAGAUUCUACUGCUACCGCGGACUUAUGACUUGUGUAGCUUGCACACCCUAUGAAAAUAAAGAACCAUGGAAAAUUGUUGCAAUGCUGUUUAAAGGCAAUAUAUUUUUAUGUGCUAGGGACACGGAAGAAAAAAUUAAGAGAGUAAGUAAUAUGACCCCGGAAGAAAAGAAAUUUACAUCAUGGGGGUAUAAGUUCGAGCAGUAUAUGUUAUCAGAUACUCCGGAUACUGAACCUAAUCCAAAUAUACCUGUUGAUGAGACUGAAGAAUUUUCGUUAGUAUUUAAAACACAUUUAAAUCAACAUAGCAUAGUAUAUGGUGCUGAAAUGGAUGGGAUUUGUUGUAAUAGUGGACAAAUUGCACCACCACCGACAACAGAAUUUGGAGCUGAUGCAAUUGUGCAGUAUCUCUCUACCAAGGAAUUUGUAGAGCUUAAAACAAGCAAGCAAAUGGAGCAUCCGCGCCAAGAAGCCAGCUUCAGGCGAUUUAAGACAAAGAAGUGGUGGUGCCAAUCAUUCCUUGUGGGCAUAGAUACUGUGCUUUGUGGAUUUCGGGAUGAUGUUGGCAUUGUAAAGGAACUUAAAACAUACAGAAUGAGAGAUUUAACCAGGAUGUCACAGAGAUACUGGAAUCCAAAUGUAUGUUUUAACUUCUUGGAUGCCUUUCUGUCAUAUGUAAAGAGAUGUUUGGCAAGUGUAAUCAGACAAAGACAUGGUGAUAAUGCCUUAAACAAUUUACAAGCAUUGCCACUCAUCAGUAUUCUUCUGGAGUGGAGACCUGGUAUGCCCGUGCAACUAGCUGGUGACUACUGCCAUGAAGAUGACCCCAUAUUACAUGAAUGGUUCACCGGCAAAUUUGGAAAAAUCGACAAAAGCAAGUGCUAAUUGCUGUUUAUAGUAGUUGUAAGCAGUAAGAAAAUGUUUUUUUUUUGUAAAUAUUUUUGAUGUUUUGUAUUGGUAAUUUUGAAUAAAUAAUAUAUAACAAGGAUUUGUCAUUAUUACUCAGCAAGAUUAAUAUUCAUACAAAACUUUGAUAAAAAAGACUGAUAAUAAAUACUAUCAUAUCAUUUAUUAUCACUGCAUAGCAAAUGGUGUAAGUCAACAUCCAUAGAGACUAAUUAACAACAUGGAUAUCUUCACUUAAUUUAACAUUCAAUUAUAAUUGAAUAAUUACACUAACACUUGUUAUCUUAUAAAUAAAAACAAUAACUAACAGAACAACAUAAUAAGAGUACAUAGAAAUAAACAGUGCAUUCUAUCAAUACAUCUACAAAAUAAUGUUAAUUUCAGAUUUACA